AUUCAAACAAAGAAAAUAUAAGGGUAUUUAGGUCAUUUCGUUGAUCAAGUUGGCCUCCUGCCCUCACAUGAACUUCACAUAAACUGCUUCCGGUUUCUCUCACCGAAAAUCCAAAUUGCAAAGAAAAAAAACUUUGAAAAACUGCCAUCGCCGCCGACUCCGAUUUCAUCGCUAUACAAAUCCGCCACCGGUGGAGGAAAAAACAAAACCCAAUCAUCCUUUUUCGGAAAAUGCCUCCUAAUCCCCCUAAAUCCUCCGCCGCCUCUCACCGCAUAACCCACCCCGCCGCCGUGCCCGAGUUUUUCAAGCGCCCGAUUCUAUCACGCGCUACCACGGUUCCUGACGCGGUGGCGCGUUACCACAACCACGCUGUGGCCUUGAACCAGUGCUGUUCUGCCGUCGUUCAAGAGAUCGACGCCCCGGUCUCCACCGUGUGGUCCGUCGUCCGCCGCUUCGACAACCCGCAAGCGUACAAACACUUCGUCAAGAGCUGCAACGUCAUCGUCGGUGACGGCAACGUCGGCAGUCUCCGUGAAGUUCGCGUCAUUUCCGGCCUUCCGGCUGCCAACAGCACCGAGCGGCUAGAGAUUCUCGACGACGAACGCCAUAUUAUUAGCUUCAGUGUCGUCGGCGGCGAACACCGACUCACUAACUACCGGUCCAUUACGACCCUCCACCCAACCGGCGACGGCACCGUCGUUGUCGAAUCGUACGUCGUCGAUAUUCCGCCCGGGAACACCGAGGAAGACACGUGUGUGUUCGUCGACACCAUCGUCCGAUGCAACCUUCAGUCACUGACUCAGAUCGCCGAGAACCUCACCCGCCGGAGCCGAGCGGCGCCGCCGUGAGCGUUUUUAAAUCGUUUUUUCUUUUCUUUUUGGAGGGGGUAGAAUCUGUGAAGUCGUUUUUUGUUUGACGCUGAUUUUAUAAAUAAUGUUGAGUUUUAUAUUGUAUCAAGUAAUUAAUUACAUGUAUUAUGAAUCAAUUUUUUUUUGUUUCUCCUUCUCAA